AUGUUUCAUCUCAUACAACGAUGCUGCUUCCACACACCUUUCAAGCUCCAGAAGUUAACCGGUCCCAGACUACUGCUGUAUGGAAGGAAUAAGACAACUUGGUCUUCUCUCAGCCUCCAGCUGCAGAGAGAUGGGUGCCCUCUCUCAAGAUCUUCAAUCCUCAACCCAGCAUCAGUACAUGCAACCAAGCUCCAGGCUUUUCACACCUCUCUCCCCUUCUUCAAGAAAAAAACCCCCAAAGAAUCUGAGUCCAAAGAUUCGGGCAUCUUGCAACGAACUAUGAAAGCACUAAAGGAUUCUCCCAAGCCAGCCCUUUACUUAAGCCUUGCCGGGCUAAUUCCAUUUGUUUCUGUGCCACUGUUGAUGGCUGUCCAAGGGACCUACUACCCAGAGAUGGGGUUUGCUCAGGUCACGUAUGGUGCCGUAACAGUCUCUUUCCUAGGAGGAAUGAGGUGGGGGUUCGCUCUCCCAGAAAACAGCCCCGCCAAGCCAGACUGGCUGAACCUGGCUAACAGUACAAUUCCUCCUCUACUUGCCUGGCAAGCCUUACUUUUUAAAGAUGUCACUGUUGGUGCAGUAAUGCUAGUACUGUCCUUAGGGGUAGCACUACAUUAUGAUGUUUCCCUUCUCCCUACUUAUCCUAGGUGGUUUAAAGUAUUGAGAGUAGUGGGAACUGUGGUGAUGGUAUUAUCACUAUUAGCCACUGCAGCACUGAAGACAGUUUCAGAGGAGCAGCUAAGUAACAGCAGAAAUAAGUGGCAGAACACAAAAUAA